GUAUUAUACAAAAAUGGUUUGUGAGAAAUGUGAGAAGAAAUUGGGCCGUGUGAUCACACCGGACCCUUGGAAGUCUGGAGCCAGGAACACCGUGGAAUCCGGAGGAAGAAAAGUCGGUGAAAACAAAGCCCUAACUGCAAAGAAAGGGCGAUUCAAUCCUUAUACGAGCAAAUUUCAAGAAUGCAGGAUCUGCAGAACAAAAGUACACCAAGUUGGCUCACAUUACUGCCAAGCCUGCGCCUACAAGAAAGGAAUAUGUGCUAUGUGCGGCAAAAAAAUAUUAGACACCAAAAACUAUAGACAAAGUUCUACGUAGAAUCUUUUUUUAGUUAAAAUAUUUUUUUAAUGAAGAUAGAAUGUGAAGAUUUCAAAUAUUUUUUUUUAAUUUGCUAAUCUAUGUACAAUGCCAGUGGGUCAACCUGAUGCUACUUUUUUAUUGUAGUUUUGACUGUACUUCAAAAGUAUAAAGUUGAAAAUUGAACAAAAAUGUUUGUAGCACUACUUGUAAAUUCAUAUUACUCAUUGAAUUUUGAUGUACCAAUCAAACAGUGAACUGUAAGUUAAAAGGU